GUUUAGUUAAGUUUGGAACGUGUAACCGUUAAAACGUACUUUUUCGCACGGAAGUAAAAUAAACAAAUAAAAAACACACAACACUAACACGCUCUAUCGAAAAACGUUCGCCAACAAGAAACGGUAACUGCUGCUACUGCUACCACCAAUACUAUUAAAACAAAUUUUGUUACUGACUUUUCGUGUAAACGUAUGCAAAUUUUGAAUCAAACAAAAAAUAUUAUAAAAACGGUUUCAAUUGUUUAACGCAAUAAACUUUUAAUUUCAUAAAGAAAGAAAAAAAAGAAUUCAAGCUUAAUAUGGCUUUUAAAUUUAUUGUUUUGGCCCUUAUGGUCUCUUAUGUACAUUGUGUUCCCGUCGAUUCCGUUCAGUGUCCCGAGAAGCACGGCGUUCAAGCUUAUGCCCAUACCGAACACUGCGAUCAAUUCUUUUUAUGCACCAAUGGCACCAUAACUUUGGAAACAUGUGAAAAUGGUUUGUUAUUCGAUGGCAAAGGUGCUGUACACAAUCAUUGCAACUACAAUUGGGCAGUGGACUGCAAAGGCAGACAAUGGGAUCCUACACCCAUUUCAACACCUGGCUGUGAGUAUCAAUUUGGCAUUUAUCCCGUUUCGAAAGAAUGUUCCACCACUUAUAUUAAAUGUGCCCAUGGUGAGCCCAUUGAACAGGAAUGUGAUGCUGGUUUGGCUUAUGAUGAACGUAUACAUGGUUGCAACUGGCCCGAUCAGUUGUUGGAAUCUUGUAAUCCAGAAGCUGUUGUUGGUUUCAAGUGCCCAACCAAAGUUGAUGGACCUGCUGCCCGUUUCUGGCCUUUCCCACGUUUCGCUGUACCCGGCGACUGUCAUCGUUUAAUCACCUGUGUCGAAGGUCAUCCACGUCUUAUCACCUGUGGCGAAGAUAAAGUGUUUGACGAAACCACUUUAACCUGUGAGGAUCCCGAAUAUGCUCACGCCAAAUGUGGUGGUGGCUUUGGAAAAUAAAUCUUUUAUUCUUUUAUUUAAAAUAAAUUUUGAAAACUUUUACUUUUUUCUCUAAAAUUUCAAAUACAGCACGUCCUUUAAAUAUUUUCCGUUUUAUUUUUGUGUAAAUAGUUUAUCAAUUGUUUAUAAUUUGUAUGUUUUUUUUAUAAAUAAAUAUAUUCCUAUUGGUUAAGCCCUUUUAUUACUUUGUUGAAAUAUUUGUUCUAAUUGUAAAAAAAUCUUUAAAAAAAAUAUGAAAAAAUAGGCAAUACAUAAUAAUAAAAAAAUGAUGUUUUAUUUAUUAGUAAAAA